GAGCACAGGAUGGGGGAGGAAGGAUUUAUUUAGUCAGACCUCAGUUAAUGCUGUAACGUAGUGAGCGUUGAGGAGCUAGGAGUUCUUCAGCACAGGGAUGAGAAGAGGGCAGCGUUCACACUGAGAUCUGGGGAACAAGUAGAGAGUAAGGACGUCACACAAGGACAACGCUGAGGAAAAUCUGCAAUCGUCAACACAAGUAACUUAGAUGAACGAGUUGCCAACACGGCCCGGGUCUCAGCAGCGAGGGUUUAGGUGACAGGGUUGGACAAAGUUAAGGACGGAAGACUCGGGACGAAAGGUCGAGGGACGGUCUACGUUUGGUUUGAGUUUACAAUUCAGAUUAUGUUUUUCGUGUCAUUACCCGGGGCCGUAGUUCUUUCUGUAGUGCUGUAGACUGGACAUCUGCAGAGGAGAGCGAUGGCGUGGGCUCUCGGAGUGAUUUCCCUCCUCGUGCUGUCCGAAACGUGGAGCCUGGACUCAGAAACUAACCGAAACACCUCUGUGAUCUCUAAUGCUACCUUGUACACCUCCCCUGCCACUAAAGACAUUCCAGUCGAUGUUUCCAAAAAUAAAAUUGUUAACCUGGGGAGUGAUGUUAGCCUGCAGUGCACCAACAAGACCUGGAACGAGAUCAUCUACACCAUCUGGAAAAUCCACCUGAAGGGCAGACAGUGCCAGCUGGGCUUUAGUGACGAAGGCCAGAGUCACAACUUGUGCAACGACAGAAAGUCUCUCCAAAACACCUCCAGCAGCCAAUCGUACCUCCUCAUCCGCGAAUUCUCCAAGAGCGAUGAGGGCAUCUACAACUGUGAACUGUCGUACAAGGGGGGAAGCUUUUCUGCGAAAUUCAACGUCUCGGUCACAGUCCCUCCCAGGCUGUGGGCCAAGGUGGAAUGGAGAGGAAGCCGGAGGGUGGCCGUGUGUUCAGCCACUGAUGGAAAGCCUGCCGCCUCCAUUAUCUGGAGGAACGCGGAGAACGUCUCGUCGGUGCCAGAAGUGACAAGUUCGAGUCAGCCAGACGGAUCCUACAGCGUGACAAGCGAGCUGGAUCUCCCACAGGGUGUCGCUGCAGACAACCUGACCUGUGCCGUCAGCCACUUUUCCUGGGGCGGGGAGAAGAUGGUGAUUCCAGAAAGAGCUUUCGGCGGACCCACGGAGAUUCUUCUCGUCUCCUUGAUAGCGGCCGGCCUCGUCCUUGCCAUUUUUCUCGGACUUUCGUGCUUUGCAGUUAGGAAGCGGAUCAUGAACAGGCAUUACUGCCGAUCCGACGCCGCACCUUCUCAGCAGUCCAAACCUCUUCCGAUGGACGUGGAGGAGGUGGAGCCAUACGCCAGCUACGUUCAGCGAGUCAACUGCAUCUACAACUCCUCCUUAGAACUUUUCAGAUGA